AUUAAUUGCGCAAUAUUUUGGGACCAGUCUAGGCGGAAGGAGGAAGUAAAAUUGAUUUGUAAACAAAUUUUACGAGGAAUCCUAUGGAAAUAAAUAGAAGACGAGGCAACUGCUGAAAAUGUAAACUACGUCAUCAGUAUAAGUGUAGAUUUUCAACUCUGCACCCACGACCCCAAAAACGCACUUGAAAGUACAGCAUUUCCACUGCCCGCUGCACUGCAAUCAACCCAGAAACCAGACACCGUGCCAGAUCUUGUCUAGCUGUCAUCAAUGGAAACACAACAUAUAGCUAAAGCUGGUUGGCUGCACAGACGGAGUACGGUUUUACACCGCUGGAAGAAGUUCUGGUUUGUUCUCCGCGCCGACGGAGAUCUGCUGUAUUUUGAGAGCCAGGAUGUGCCACGUGCUGAAGGCAGAAUCGUCGUCAGGGCGCAGGUAGCGAGGAUCAAACCUGCAAGUGAGUGUGACGUGAAUCCCCCAGAAGGCCUCACGAAGGGCUGUCUCCUGGGUCUGGAUAUGAGGGAAGGCGAGACUGUUUUUCUGGGUGCAGAGAACCCAGAUGAUAUGAAGGCGUGGCAGAUUGCUCUAGAGGAAGCAAGAGUGAUGGCCACCGGCCCGCAACAACCGGUGGUGCGUAAUGUACAGACUGUGUACACAGGUCCGUAUGGUUAUCCGGGUCAGGUGAUGUCAUAUCCUGGACAGCAGGUUAUUUACACAAACACAGGGUAUCCACCAUAUGUGGUGAACGGAGGAAACCCGAACGUUGUGUACGUGAAUGACCGACCGAGAUAUGGGAUGGGGACAGGCUUUGUGGCUGGAGCCGCCAUCGGCACAGCGAUGAUGUGGCCAUACAUGUUUAUGUGGUAGACACAGUCUUCAGGGCCAAGUCUUCACAACUUGUGAUACAUUAAUGUUAUUGUCUUUGUAAUUGUUAAUCAGGCUGUCUUUUUAAAAAAUCAAGAGAGGAUAAAUAAAUAAAUAAAUAAAUGGAU